AUGAAAUUAUUGCAAACAGUAUCAGCUCAAAGUAUUCCUAAAAAUGAAGAACUGGGUAGUUUGUGGCUCAGUGCUAUUAGGAAAGUGGAUAUUAACUUCAAAAACUCAAAGUAUUCCAAAGUUUGUUUUUUGCAUUUUGAAGAAAAUGACUAUACUUUGAGCCUGGUUAACAACAAGAAAGUUCUGAAAAAAAAUGCUGUGCCCAGUAUUUUUACAUUCACAAAAAUUCGUAAAGAACUAUUUCCCAAGACUGCGUGUGCCAUAAAUAUUGGAACGAUUGAUGUACCUUGUUUCGAGACAGAUAAUUCAAUUCCUUUGAGAGACCGAGAUCUAUCUGAAGAGGUAAAUACUAUUGAAAUAAGUAUGGCUGAUUUGGACAAGAGUACCGUUAUGCAAGAAUCAAGUAAAUUUAUUCAAACAAAUAAUACAAUUAUAAAUCGUAGUAUUAAGUAG